AUGGACGGGCCUAGCAAAAGAGCCAGCUCCUUCUCCUCGCUGCUGGAGCAAUCCCGCCAGUUGGCGCGGCAGACGGGCGAGUACCUCAUUCAGAGGAAUGUAGAUCAGAUCGACGACACAACGCGCUCCCUGCACACGACCCUGUCCCAUUCAACGAAAGAUGUCGCCAAGAACAAGGGUCGCUACCUCUUGGCGACCAAGGGCUUCGAUGCAGACAAGCUAUCCAGAAAUCUGAACGCUGUCAAUCUCAAAUUAACCUACGAGCCCCUUGAGCUCGCGCUCGCCGAUACCGAUCUCGAAGGCUCGCUCAAGUAUGCUCGUCUUCCCCUCUUUUGGACCCUGACGCUUGAUCACUUCAAAAGGAACUCAGCCAAGAAGCUGGACAGCGACUGGGAGGGAGCCAAGUCGGAGCUACUCGAGGCGCUGGGCUUCUCCUCGGCCCUGCUCCCACGCGGGACCUCUGCACCCUCUACGCCCAUGAAGCCCGGUAUGGACUUCACCGCCGCGGCUCUCGCCUCGCCCGCGACUCCACUCGGCCGGGCCGGCGCUGCGCGAUCGGCACAGGAGGCCGUCGGCAAGAUGACCGCCUAUGGCAAGGUCGUGGACGAGCUCAACCAACAGAGGCGAGAGAAGCGCUCCUUCUCCACCAUGCAGGCCUUCCAGCAGGCUGCCCGGACCGUCGAUGACACCGAGCUGCGGCGGAAGGAGGUGGCGGACUGCUGGGACCUGCUGAGCAGGAUUGUGGGUGAGCCCGAGCAGGCCACGAGCGCCGCCGUGGCCCUACCCGAGGCCGUCUACGAGCGGACCUACCGCGAGGCGCCCGAGGCCCUCUCGCGCAAGUUUCUCUCCGGCGCCAAACAGUACCAACGAGUGAUGCAGCUGGUGGUAGAUCGGAAUGCCAAGCGGGCCGAGCUGGGCGGCGAGCCCGGUAUGCACAGCCUCGCGCGGGCCUACGCGCGGGCCGUGGCCCUCUCCCGCCCCGGCGCACACAGCCAGCUCGAGGAGGCCGGCAGCGCGUGGGCCGAGAUCUACUACGCCCUCCGCGCCGGAGACGUCGGCUCUGCCUGCCAGCUCGCACUCUCGGCCAACCCGCCUCUUCAGGAAUUCGCCGGCCUGCUCCAGGCCUUUUCACAAAACGGACACCUGUCGGAGCUGCAACAGGCCGAUUGCAGGCGCACGCUGAAUGCCACGCGCGAUCCCUUCAAGCAAAUAAUCUACAUGCUGCUCACGCGCCACACGCCGAGCUCUCUGCCCGCUCCCAUCUCCACCACACAGGACUGGAUUUGGUUCCACCUCUCGCUCAUCGUCCAGGAGGAGAACGGCGAAGCGUUCGCCGCGUCCCUCCGCAGGCUGCAGCAGCAGGUGUGCAAGUUCGGACCGGACCACUUCAACGCCAAGAAGCACCCGCUCCUCUACUUCCAGGUGGUGCUCAUCACGCUCCAGUUCGAGAAGGCCAUCGAGUUCCUGUGGGGCAAGGGUGACUACGCCGUGGAGGCGGUGCACUUUGCCACGGGCCUCUACUACUACGGCGUGCUGCGCGUGCCUGACGCCGACGCGCCUCGCUCGCCCAACUCCAUCUACAGUGAGACCUCCGGUAGAUCUGCUGUCGAUCUUCCGCGCAUGCUGUGGCACUACGCCCUGGCAGUCGUCGAGCAGAGACGAGAUCUCGCGCUGGCGCUCAACUACAUUCAUCUCGUGAGGGACGUGGCGCUGGAGGACCUGAUGCUGAAGGACUUUGUGCUCAACACGCGAGAGGUGGACGCCCUCCUCGGAACCGAGGGCCGGGAGGGGCUGGUGCUGCGCGUGUUGGGCGAUGCCGCACGCGUGCGAAGGCUCCGCGAGGUGGUCGCCGCCGCCUGCGAGGAGCGCGCCGAGCUGCCGGCCGCCGUCAAGCUCUACCACGAGGCGGGCGACUACGAGAAGGUGCUGUCGCUGCUCAACGCCGCGCUGGGUCCGCUGGUAUCGGCGGCCGGACCGGACAGGCAGGCCCUCAUCGCGCUCGCGCUCGACGUCAACACGCGCUAUUCGACCAUCCGCGAGGCGCCCACCAGGUCGCUCGAGACCCUGCGCACCCUCAUCCAGACCGCCCACUUCUUCGACCUCAGCAACGCCAACCGACUGCCCGAAGCGCUGCAGCGGUUGGAGGUGAUUGGCAUUCUGCCGUUCGACCAGGCGACGGUGCCGGAGAAGGUGGAGCUGUUCGCGAAGCUCGACGAGACGGUGAAGCGAUGCGUGGGCGACCUCAUCCUGGCCGCCAUGUCGGUGCUCUACAAGCUCUACGGCGCCAUCGCGCCCGGCACCGGGAGCCAGUCGGCCUCGUUCCUCUUCCCGUCCGACCCGGCGCGGCUUCACGAGAUGGAGGCCAUCAAGAGCCGCGCACGCGCCCUGGCCGCCUUCACCGGCCGCAUCCAGUACCGACUGCCGUCCGACGUCACCUCCCGCCUUCUCCGCUUCGAGGUCCUCAUGAGCUAG